AUGAUGGACAAGAUUCCCAGCAAUUUAUCCACAGCCCAGAAGUUAGGGGUCAUAUCAGUAUCUUCCAUUGGCCUCCUCACGGCAUACAUCUGCUUCUAUGUGGUCUACAACUACUACUUCCAUCCUCUAGCCAAGUACCCGGGUCCCAAACUCGCAGCCGUUUCGCAGCUAUGGCACGCGAAGCAUUGGAUGGGAGGAAGGUGGGCCUAUGACUUGCUCGAUCUGUCCAAGAAGUAUGGAGAUGUUAUCCGGAUCGCCCCCAACGAGCUCCUCUUCACUACUGUCGAGGCGUUCGAGGACUUGUAUGGCCACGCAAACAACAAGAGAGGCAGAAAGGUCUUUCUCAAGUCCGAGUUCUACGACAACCCUGACGAGAUGUCACCUCUCGGUGCGGAGCGAGAUGCCGUGAGGCAUAGUGAGACCAGGAAGCUGCUUGCUCAUUCCUUUAGCGAGACUGCCCUUUCGGAGCAGGUGACCAUGAUUCAAGAGCAUAUCAACUUGUUCAUGAAGCAGGUUGGGAAAUAUGGUCAUCAAAAGGAAGGCAUUGAUGUUGAUGAGUGGUUCAAUUGGUUAACUUUCGACAUUAUCGGAGAUCUUGCGUUUGGCGAAUCUUUCCAUGCCGUCGAGACAGCCAAAACAAACCCACAAAUCACCAUGCUUGUCAACAUUCUGUACACCGGCUCACUGUUCAGCAUCUUCCGCCGCAUGCCUUACCUGUUACCUCUCGCGCCAUUUAUGCUGCCCAUCUCAAAGCUUAAGAAGGAGCGAGAAGAACACAUCGAAUUCUCACGGACGCUCAUGCGAAAGCGCAUUGAGAAGGGCAACAACCGUGCCGACUUCUUCGGCCAUCUGCUGACCAGCAACGAGAAGCAGCCUUCCGAAGAGUUCCUGCGAACAAACGCCAGCUCGCUGCUCAUUGCCGGUUCGGAAACAACCGCGACGACUCUCGCGGGCGUGACGUAUUUUGUUUUGGAAAGACCGGAGUGCCUGCGUGCCCUUCAGCAGGAGGUCAGAACGGCAUUCAAGAGCAUCGAGGAAAUUGACCACGUCAGCACCCGCGACCUUCCAUAUCUCGGCGCCAUCGUGAAAGAAGGCCUCAGGAUUUUUAUCCCGCUUCCUAUCAACGUUCCCCGCGUCAGCCCAGGCGCUGUCGUCGAUGGCAAUUAUAUUCCCAAAGGGACCAUCGUAUCUGGACACCAAUUUACUCUAGGACACAGCUCACGCUACUUUGCCGACCCAGAGGGUUUCCACCCCGAGCGUUGGCUCCCUACUGACCACAGUCUGUACAACCCCCGUUACGCCAGUGACACGCUCAAAGCAUCCCAGCCGUUCCUCAUCGGGCCACGCACUUGCUUAGGAAAGAACCUCGCCUACAUGGAGAUGCGAAUUAUCCUGGCGAAGUUGGUAUUUCUGUUUAACUGGGAGGCAAUGCAAAGUCUUGGGCCAGGACGGGAAGUCGACUGGGCUAGGGAUUGCAAGACUCAGUUUUUGUGGGCAAAGCCGCGCUUCAACGUUAGAUAUGUCCCGAGAGCCUAG